GUCGGCAAGUUUUGUGUCACAACAACACAACAAAUUUUUGUCAAGCAUACUAUAUAAAGAGAAUCGAGUGCGUAAUCUUUACGCCAGUUACUAAAAAGUGCGCAAUCACGUCACUACUAACGCUAAUUAAUCAAGUCGCCAAGCGAACGUUCGCCGGCGGUGUCAACAAGUUAAAAGAAUCCAAAAUCAUGGUAGUCACACACAAUGUUAAGGGCUGGGAUGAGUUCGCCAAGAAAAUGGAGGAAUUGGAGACCACAGAUGGCAAGAAUCCAGUGCAUGUCUUGUUCAGCGGUGGCAAGGAUGAAGCUGGCGUAAGCUGGUGCCCCUACUGUGUCAAGGCUGAGCCCGUGAUACACGAUGCCCUGAAGAAGGCUCCUGAGAAUUCUCACUUUGUGCAUGUGGAUGUUGGAGAGCGCGCUUACUGGAAAGACUUGAAUUGCCCAUUCCGCAAGGAUGUCAACACCCACUUGGUGUUCUUGCCAACGUUGCUGCGCUGGAAGCAGCCACAACGUCUGGAUGGCGAGCGCUGCUCUAACAAGGAUCUGGUCGAAAUGUUGUUCGAGGAUGAGGAUUAAGAACAAAGUUACUUAUAGUCAGUUUAAAAGAGUAAUUUCAGUCCCAUGUGUAAACGUUUCUGCAGUUCACAUUUACAAAUAUUUUAUUUCGGAAUGCACAGUAAAAACAACUUUUGAAUGACGCCUUAA